GCCGCUGAUUGGUCGGCCUGCCGGUCUUAUAUAAAAGGCUCCCUGCAGCAGCUCGUUCCUGAUCUCCGCUUCAUCCGGACUCCUCCACCUCUGCUCCUCCACAUUCCUCCUCCACCUCCUGCCGGCAGAGCUGUCACCAUGUCUAAGGGACCAGCAGUGGGAAUCGACCUGGGAACCACCUACUCCUGUGUGGGGGUGUUCCAGCAUGGGAAGGUGGAAAUCAUCGCCAACGACCAGGGAAACCGCACCACCCCCAGCUACGUGGCCUUCACCGACACCGAGCGGCUGAUCGGAGACGCCGCCAAGAACCAGGUGGCCAUGAACCCCACCAACACGGUGUUCGAUGCCAAGCGCCUGAUUGGCCGGAGGUUUGACGACGCCGUUGUUCAGUCGGACAUGAAGCACUGGCCCUUCAACGUCAUCAACGACAACACCCGCCCCAAGGUUCAGGUGGAAUACAAGGGCGAGUCGAAGACCUUCUACCCGGAGGAGAUCUCCUCCAUGGUGCUGACCAAGAUGAAGGAGAUCGCUGAGGCUUACCUGGGGAAGACUGUCAACAACGCUGUGAUCACAGUCCCCGCCUACUUCAACGACUCCCAGCGCCAGGCCACCAAGGAUGCCGGUACCAUCUCUGGCCUCAACGUUCUGCGUAUCAUCAACGAACCGACUGCUGCCGCCAUCGCCUACGGGCUGGACAAAAAGGUCGGCUCAGAGAGGAACGUGCUGAUCUUUGACCUCGGCGGCGGCACCUUUGACGUCUCCAUCCUCACCAUCGAAGACGGCAUCUUUGAGGUCAAGUCCACGGCUGGCGACACUCACCUCGGAGGAGAAGACUUCGACAACCGCAUGGUGAACCAUUUCAUUGCAGAGUUCAAGCGAAAGUAUAAGAAGGACAUCAGCGACAACAAGAGGGCCGUCCGCCGCCUGCGCACCGCCUGUGAGAGGGCGAAGCGCACGCUGUCUUCCAGCACCCAGGCCAGCAUCGAGAUCGACUCUCUGUUUGAGGGCAUUGACUUCUACACCUCCAUCACCAGAGCUCGCUUUGAAGAGCUCAAUGCCGACCUGUUCCGUGGAACCCUGGACCCCGUGGAGAAGUCCCUCCGUGACGCCAAGAUGGACAAAGGCCAGAUCCACGACAUCGUUCUGGUUGGCGGCUCCACCCGCAUCCCCAAGAUCCAGAAGCUGCUCCAGGACUUCUUCAACGGAAAGGAGCUGAACAAGAGCAUCAACCCGGACGAGGCGGUGGCGUACGGAGCAGCGGUUCAGGCGGCCAUCUUGUCUGGAGAUAAAUCUGAGAACGUGCAGGACCUGCUCCUCCUGGACGUCACCCCCCUGUCCCUGGGUAUCGAGACCGCCGGCGGCGUCAUGACUGUCCUGAUCAAGAGGAACACCACCAUUCCCACCAAGCAGACCCAGACCUUCACCACCUACUCUGACAACCAGCCCGGCGUGCUCAUCCAGGUCUAUGAGGGAGAGCGCGCCAUGACCAAGGACAACAACCUGCUGGGAAGGUUUGAGCUGACGGGAAUCCCUCCCGCUCCCCGCGGCGUUCCACAGAUCGAGGUGACCUUCGACAUCGACGCCAACGGCAUCAUGAACGUCUCUGCUGUCGACAAGAGCACCGGCAAGGAGAACAAGAUCACCAUCACCAACGACAAAGGGCGCCUCAGCAAGGAAGACAUCGAGCGCAUGGUCCAGGAGGCCGAGAAGUACAAGGCGGAAGACGACGUGCAGCGCGACAAGGUGUCCGCUAAGAACGGGCUGGAGUCGUACGCCUUCAACAUGAAGUCCACCGUCGAAGACGAGAAGCUGGCCGGGAAGAUCAGCGACGACGACAAGCAGAAGAUCUUAGACAAGUGCAACGAGGUCAUCAGCUGGUUGGAUAAGAACCAGACCGCUGAGAAGGACGAGUAUGAGCACCAGCAGAAGGAGCUGGAGAAGGUGUGCAACCCCAUCAUCACCAAGCUGUACCAGAGCGCCGGCGGCAUGCCGGAGGGAAUGCCCGGCGGCUUCCCUGGAGCCGGCGGCGCCGCUCCCGGUGGCGGAUCCUCCGGCCCAACCAUCGAGGAGGUCGACUAAACCGCCUCCCGGGACGCUAAGACCGAAGCCCUCUUCAGCGGAGCUCCCAACCAGCUGGAGAGCGACUCGUGGAAACUAGUCCACACAGCAAACCUUGAUCUGACACGUCUGGUUUUAUAGGCUGAUGUCACUUCCUUCAAAAUAAAAAUUUGCAACUGUU